AUGGGAGUAGUUAGGGUAAAUGUUAUACCUGUGGCCAUGUGGUUUUCAACCAGCAACUCCCUCUUCCCUGCUCCCUCUGAGGCCUGGCUCCAGAGAGUCCCCAAGCAGCAGGAAGAUCUGGGAUGGGGCGGUGAAGGGGGUGAGGAGCAGAUGCCCCAGUCCUGCUCCGAGAAGCAGGAUGGUGAUGAGGAUGAAGAAAACUUCCCCCUGUCCCUCCUGGAGAGGGACUUCCUGGAAGACCCCCCUGAAGCUGAGUUGCCUUACCCCACUCUCAGCAUGGGAGGUGUGCGGCAGCUGGAGAUGCCCCCCCCACUGUGUGCCGGGCUGGAGCUGGAAGCCAUCAAGAUGAAGCUAUGGGAGCUGGAGAAGGCCCACGAGAGGUUGAAGGCCUACGAGGAGGCAGCGGCGGUGACUGACAGUAUCUUGCUGAGCACUGACCUCGGUGCUCUGUUUCCGGGAACCCCUAAGGAAAAGAUGGAGGCUGAUAAUAGGUCUGUCUACGUGGGCAAUGUGGAUUAUGGAGGCACGGCAGAGGAGCUGGAAUCCCACUUCAACAGCUGUGGGAAGAUCAACCGAGUCACCAUUCUGUGCGACAAGUUCUCCGGACACCCCAAGGGCUAUGCCUACAUUGAGUUUGCCAGCGAGGGCUCCGUAAAAGCUGCGAUGGCUUUGGAUGAGAGCACUUUCCGCGGGCGGGUCAUUAAGGUUCUGCCCAAAAGGACAAAUAGGCCGGGAAUCAGCUCUACAGAUCGCGGGGGCCUGCGGGGCCACUGCAUUGGCAGAGGAACCCUCUCUCUCAGGGCCAGUUUCCACGGUGGAUCCAGAUCUAGGCCAAGAGGAAGAAUCUACAGGGGACGAGGACGAUUCUCACCGUGGUAUGCGCCAUAUUAGAAUGGGACAUUCAAGUGGAAACCAGCAGCUCUCUGGCAAAGGGACUAUUUUAACCAUCUGGCCUGUGUUUUGCGCUGGGGCACGGGACAAUUCAGGUACGGAGUGCUUUAGAGCUGAACAAUCAGAUGCCAUACUAACUCCCUUUGUGCCCAGAUGCUGCUUGGAUAGGGUAGAUUGUGGCUGGAUUGAUUCUAUAGAGACUUA